AUGAAUGAUGAUGAUGAUGAUGAUGAUGAUGAUGAUGAUGAUGAUGAUGAUGAUGAUGAUGAUGAUGAUGAUGAUGAUGAUGAUGAUGAUGAUGAUGAUGAUGAUGAUGAUGAUGAUGAUGAUGAUGAUGAUGAUGAUGAUGAUGAUGAUGAUGAUGAUGAUGAUGAUGAUGAUGAUGAUGAUGAUGAUGAUGAUGAUGAUGAUGAUGAUGAUGAUGAUGAUGAUGAUGAUGAUGAUGAUGAUGAUGAUGAUGAUGAUGAUGAUGAUGAUGAUGAUGAUGAUGAUGAUGAUGAUGAUGAUGAUGAUGAUGAUGAUGAUGAUGAUGAUGAUGAUGAUGAUGAUGAUGAUGAUGAUGAUGAUGAUGAUGAUGAUGAUGAUGAUGAUGAUGAUGAUGAUGAUGAUGAUGAUGAUGAUGAUGAUGAUGAUGAUGAUGAUGAUGAUGAUGAUGAUGAUGAUGAUGAUGAUGAUGAUGAUGAUGAUGAUGAUGAUGAUGAUGAUGAUGAUGAUGAUGCAAGGAACCAUCAGUUCUGUAAUGGUCCAUUGUGCUCCUCACGCAUAUAUUUUUUAUUGAGAUUAUCCUCCAGUGCAUUCUCAGAAGCAAUACAAGUGCUGCAAACGAGCCUUGUUUGA